AUGCGUGCGGAUAAAGUCCCACCAUUGCAGGACAGCGUCAGGAGUUUAUUGAAUGGUCAAGAUGAGAGAUUCACAUUGAGAAAGGCAGUUCGUGAUAUGCCGAGCACGGCCCUAGAGGAGAUCAUCGGUGCCGAGAUCUUAAAGACUGCCAAAGACAAAUUCAACGCUAGGACCUGGGUCAAGCCGGAUGUGUCUGAUGAAGAAAUAGAUUCAGAAUUAGAGGAAGAUAUUAACGAUGAGGAUUCAGGCGGAGAGACGGAGGCUUCUACAUCGUCUAGACGUAAAAAGUCCAGGUCCAGGUCCAAGUCUGCCAAACUCGAGCCCAUAAGUGGGGAUGAAAAGAUGGACGUUGACGAGCGCAAACCUGAAAUAGAUCUUCCCAGCAAGCCGGAUAAGAAACCGAGAUUGAGACCGAUAGUCUCGACAGAUGACGAUCUAUCUUAUAGUCUCUUGCGCCCAUCCGUCCGGCAUAUCCUCACCAAGCUAGACGCGACACUCACUAUUCUCCAUAAUACACAAGAAUCGGCUAUAAGUUACCAGUCUGACUCAGCGGACUCAGAAGCAUCAGAUAUCUCGCAUCCUAGUAGCCGAAAGCCACCAUCUAGACAGGGCUCGCAAAUCCCAACUGAUGGGAAAAAGCGCCAAGGCAGGCCACCUGGAUCUUUAUCUCAGAAUCGAUCUCGCAGACGGUCAAAAGUGAGGGAGAUGACAGUAUCACCGGCGGAAGAGCCAUCUCAGAAUAAAGAAGAAGGAAAACGUAUGAGGAAGAAGGGUAGACCGAAGAAAGUAUAUCCUCGCCUCGAGGGCGAGACCGACCGAGAGUAUACCAUCCGCAUCGCAAGAUUACAGAAAAAACCCAUCCCUAUAUUUUCUGACGACUCCGACCCAAAGGUCAAUUCUGAUGCAGAAGACCCAGCGGGAGACAGCGGCAACUCCGGCGAUGGGGAAGAGACCACCGCCGAGACGGGCCGCGGGAGACUAGCACGACGGAAGAGAAAGACAAAUAAAGAUACCCGGUCUCCUUCCCAGGCCUCAUCUGCUUCCGGAGGCAAAACCCGUAAUAGUCAAAGAUCCGGACAUUCGAGAACCCGUCUCGGCCUCCGAGACUGGAGAGAUGUUCUCGGCGCCGCGGCACUAGCCGGGUUCCCAUCAGACGCAGUUGACCGCGCAGCAAGACGCUGCGCCGACCUCUUCGGACAAAGCAUGACGCUGCAUACCCUCGCUGAGGGCCCCGCCGUCUCAUCAUCCGGUCGGAAAGCUCCCCUGGGCAGGGUAACUACGUAUGUUCCGGGAAUGCCGCAGCCUCCCUUGCUAGAAGAAGACGAGGAAGAAGGAGACGAACAACAGCGUGCCCGUUCUAUGAGCAUGGAUCCGAGAACAAUAUCCGAAGACGAAGCAGCUGGCCCGUCUCGGCGGCGCGCACGCGGCCGCUCGCGAUCGCGAUCGCGGUCUCAGUCCCGGUCUGCGUCCGCGGCGCCGGGGUACUUCACGUGUUUGUUCUCGGACUGUCCGCGGGCUGCGGAAGGGGAAGGGUUCCUACGCCGGUAUAAUAUGUUGCGGCACAUGAAGCUGGUGCAUGGGUACACGCCGUCGGAAGGGGGGAGCGGAGACGAGGCUACGGGGACAGCGAUGGGAGCAGGGAUGCGGGAGGAGGUGGAUAGCGAGGACGAGAUGCAUGGUGCUGUGCAUGUCGAUUGGUUCCUGCGCCCGGUGAAGAUUCGUCGGGGAUGGAGGGCGAAUGAUGUUAGUGAGGAGUCUAGAACUAGGAGGAGCGGGCAUGGGUAUGGGUAUACGCGGGGACGAGGGAGGAGUCGGGGGAGAGAUAGAGAGGGGAAGACUGGUGGUGAGGAUGAAGAUAGGGAUACGAAGAUGGGUGGGAGGAGUGAUUGA